AUGGAGUUGACCUGCGGCGAGGUGGUUGACUGCGAGCUGGAGUGCGGUCGCACGUGGGUGUCCUGUAAGUGUAACGAGAUGGGCAAGCUUCUCUCCAAGUUCCAGGGCUCUAUGCCGCCGUCUGAGGUGUUUGUGGACUUUGCCAACGCGGCGCCGCAGACGGACGCCGAGCGGGCGGUGUUUGAGCCAGUGCAGGCGGUCAUUGACGAGGCGGACCAGAUUCUGCAGUCGCUGCUUACGUACGAGGGGUGUGGCGAGCUGAUCCGCGAGGCUAUUGUGAACCCGUCGGACGCGUCGACGGCUGCGGCGUGGCAGGCUGUCAUUCCGCAGGUGCAUCUGCUCCGGCAGUUCUACGAGUUCUCGGUCACGCUCACGGGCGUCAUUCCGAGCCUGCUGCAAGCGCUGUGCGAGCCCGGGAAUGCAGAGGACACGCUGGUGGCGAUGCAGUCAUUGACUCGCCAGCUGGCGGACAUCAUGAACUUUGUGCUCCGCUUCGACGACUCGAAGAUGACCAACCCGGCGAUCCAGAACGACUUUUCGUUCUACCGGCGGACGCUGAACAAGAUGAAGAUGACGGACCCGAAUGUCGAGGUGCCGAUCAAGGACGACCUCGCCAACAAGAUGUCGCUCUUCUACGCCUACCCGACGCCCAUGAUGAAGUGCUUGUCGGAGACGACGGUCUCGUUUGUGUCCAACAACUCGCUCCCGCGGGAGUCGGUCACCGAGCUCUUUGCCACCAUGGCCAACGCGUGCUACUCGAUGGUCCAGCUCGACAAGUUCAACGACCCCGCCGACACGGUCAACCAGGACCGGCUCAACAUGUUCUGCCUCCGCGCCCUCACGGCCUCGAUCAUCAUCUAUGACCACUCGGACCCCAUCGGCGCCUUCCACAAGAAGUCGCCCAUCCACAUCCGCGCCGCCAUCCAGACCCUCAAGGAGUUCCAGCCGGUCAACCCAGGCGACCACACCGAGACCGAGUCACUCAUCAACGCCCUGCGCUUCACCACGGUCCAUCUCAACGACGAGGGUGUGCCCUCUGCUGUGCAGGCCCUUCUCGAAUGA